AUGGCAGCCUCGCCGGGCCCGUCCAUCGGCCGCGGCCGCCGUAGCGCGGCAUCGUCGUCAGCAUCGAUAAAGCCAUCUAGGGAUGCGCCCUCACGUUCCACGUCUCCCCGGUCCGUGUCCAGCUUGGAAGAUGCGCCGUCCAUAUCCAUCGACACGCUGGUCAACCACCUCCUGGCUGCGAAGCGGUCCCUGUCAUCGAUGACGCACGUGUUGCGAGCCAACGAGAUCGCCAACCAGGCGCGCACAUGGCACGAGGAAGCGUGCGUCUUGUCGGCUCAGACGACAUUUAUCCACUACUCGGUCAUUGACCAGGCGACCAUACUGAUGCGGCUGCGCGAUGAGCUGCAGGCCACGUACGACUGGGGCAAGCGCGACUUUAAGAAGCUCGUGCGGGCCAUGGACGAGUCGGACGGCUCUCUGGAGCGGACCAUGGCGAUGCUGAGGGGGACAAAGGUGCAGAGGGGCCUGAGGCCGGAGGACGAGGAGGGACAGAAGAGUCUGAUUGAUUUUGUGGACGAGGAGAGCGUGCAUGGGCUACGGGAGGCGAUGAAGAAGAGUAUCGAGGAGCUGCAGGGCAUCCAGCAGUCGUUUGAUGGUGACCUGCUGCGAUUCGACACGGACAUCCGAAACCUGAAAAAGAUGCUUGCCGACGCACCGACCCUGACUCAGGACGACGACGAAGCGACCAUGACGGACCGACUAGAAACAGUGAUCGACCACUCAUCGAACAUGGCGCAGCUGUUGGCGUCCCUGACAAUACACUUCGACAUGUGCGUCACAGCGAUACGAACGACAGAAGGCGCAGCAGCGGUAGCGCGACGUAAGGUGGCCGAGUCGACGCAGCAAGACGGCGACGUAUCCAUCUCGGGCGUCAUCGCGGAGCAGGAGUCCAACCUGUCAGACCUGGAGCCCAAGACGGCCGCCGACCGCGCCGAGAUGCUCAAGGUGGUGGUCCAGGACGCCGCCGAGGUGGGUGACGUGGUGCAGGAGAUGGCAGAUCGCCUAUCAGCCAUAGAGCAGGAAUCCGACGUCCUGCACUCCCAGGUGGGCCGGGCCCGCGCAGCCUACGCCUCGGCCCUGGAUGCCUGCGCGGCCAUGGGGGAGAUUGGCGACCGUCUCCCCACCUAUGUGGCUGCGGGCGACGACUUCCGUCAGCGGUGGGACCUGGAGAAGGACGCCGUCCACGCCAAGCUGCACCAGAUGGCCGAGCUGGGCGAGUUCUACGAGCGCUACGCCAGGGCCUACGACAGCCUCAUUCUCGAGGUGGAGCGGCGCAGGGGCGUCGAGGACCGCGUCGCGGCGACCUGGCGCAAGGCCCAGGAGAGCGUGGACAAGAUGCUGCGUGCCGACAGGGAGGCCCGCGAGGCCUUCCGCAACGAUGUCGGUGAGUAUCUCCCCACGGAUCUGUGGGGGGACAUGCAGGGUCCUGCGAGGCGGUACAGGGUCGUUGUGGAGGAUGUCGACAGUGGCCAAGAGAGGUGA